CGACGAUGAUGAACUGCUUUGAAGAUCUCGAUGCGUUGAGAAGAGAAUAUGACGAAGCAUUCAAGGGGUUGUUGGAUCGUGCCAAGCAUGAGCUCCAACACACAACAUCCAGCCUCGACCAUGCCAACGCAGGCAUCCAGUCGUUGCGCACUGAAAACGAAAACCUCGUGAGGCAACUUGCCGGAGCGGGUGUUCGUGCCACGCAAGUGGACGACCUUCGAACACACAUUGAGCACGUCGAGUCCCUCAAUGCAGCAUUACAGAGGCAAGGAGAGCAGCUCGCGGCACGAGAAACGGAAUACCGCCUCAAGCUUGCCGCUGCCGAACUCCAAGUGCUGGAACUGAGUGACCAGACUGCCGCGCUGAGCUACCUUCAACGCCGCGUGCAGGACCUCGAGGCUGCAAACCUCACGUUGACUCAAGACAACACGGUUUUACGCGAGAACAACACGGAAUUGAACACGAUUGCGAUGGAACUGGUAGCGCGCUUAGAAAAGGAUGAACUCCAACAUUCGAAACCACAUCAUGACGUGGAUUAAACGAUGGUGUGCAUGUUUGUAUCCGAAAUCAGGUUAACCCAGUCGAGGAGAUUGUUUC